GCGCUUCAGUUCACGACUGCCCGUGGUGAGGUUCGGUCGGCACUGUCUGACUUUGUCGGUUCACGGUUGACGCUGGUUGGUAGCUGUGGUGCGCGGUACAUGGUGAAUUCCUUCGGGGUGAAGGUGAUCUGAUUUGAUCUUUUGUCCAGUGGUCGCCGCAGGCUGGGUUUAGUGAUGUAGAAAGUGCCGGAGUUUUCAAGAGUUAAUCAAUGCGCGAAAUACUUGAAUAGUGGAAGCUUGGCGCCUUUCGUGGUGGUGUGGCAUUUUAAGCGAAGGGAGAGAGAGAGAGAUAGAUAGAGGGAGAGUGCUACAGCUACGCGAUUAUCAAGUGCGAAAUUAAUUGUGACGUGAUCGAUUGGCUAUUUCCUACCGGUUGGAUGUAACUGGUGAUGGUUUAGGAAGGAGCAGUUCUUAGUUCAUUGAAGGGGGUGGAAAGAUUUUCGCUGGGGACCAGGCGAAGGCGGACUCACCGUCAUUCAGUUACGAUCGUGAUUCUGACCAACGGAGUGUACGAUUUUGGAGCAGUUCAAAGUUCAGAGGUGGUGAUCGGGAUAGAAGGUAAUUCCAAGUGCAGGCAGAAUCAUUGCUUAUCGGAGGACAGUGCGCUUAGAGUGAGCUGACACAAUUCAGUGAUUUAACGGAUAUUUAUUUAAAACUACAAUGGGCAAUUCCGGUUACACGUGCAUACGACGGACGUUUUGCUCGUUCAACAUUCUCAUAUGGAUUUGCGGCAGCGGUUUCCUCGCCAUCGGUGUUUGGCUUCGGUUAGCAGCACAGGGCUACGCCACCCUACUCCCGGACCACGCCGGUCUCAGUGCCGACUGUGUCUUCAUCACCAUCGGUGUGAUUAGUUUCGUAAUAGCGUUCUUCGGCUGCUGCGGCUCGUGGUUCCAGUCCAGGUGCUUUCUCAUUAUAUAUUUCACGCUGGUGGUUAUGCUGUUCCUGAGCGAGUUCCUGCUGGGAUCGUUGGCGUUUGUGUUCCGCGGGGGCAUCGGCCGGAUGUUGGUGCACGAGUUGAAGUACGGCAUCGAGAAGCACUACAACGUGACGGAUCGGGGUGGUCUUCUGGCGCCCUCGGUCGCAUCCAUCUGGGAUAAGCUGCAGGUGGAGUUACAAUGCUGCGGCGUCACUUCCUACGAGGAUUGGUACGACAUAGGCGCUUGGCCGGGUGAACGAUGGGUGCCCCGAUCCUGCUGCCGGCCACGAUACAGUUCGGUUUUCUUGGAAGGAUCCGGAGAUGACCUGCAGGGCAUAGAUUGCCGCAAAGCGGGAGAUCCUUCCUUGCUGUGGGACAAGAGCUGCGGUCAUAUUCUCCAGAUGUGGUUCGUCCAACGGCUGCAUGUUGUUGGUACGGUUGGUCUAGUCAUAGCAUUCCUUCAGCUAUUUGGCCUAAUCUCAUCGAUGUUGCUAUUCUGCACCGUCAAACACAAACGAGCGUCGAAAACGUACAAGUCUUACUCACCGACCGUGGAUACGACCCUGAAUCGAAACAGCACCGGGACGUAUUUGGAUGAUUGAUAUUAGAUGAAACGACAGUCGAUGCCGAGCAGUGAACACCGACGGAACAUUAGAGAAGCACAUAAACGCAACGAUAUGCUAGAGGAGGAUAUAAUACUCAUCAUUUUAGUUAGAAAACUAAUAGUGUUUACUUUUGAACAAUUCCUUAGAUUAAGGAGAUGCUGUGCCAAAAAUAAUUGUUUUUAAUCCUAAUAAAUUAAGAAGCCAAAUUGGGCUUGACGAAACAUAAUUUAUAAAAAAAAACAAGAAAAAUACUAUAAGUUUAAGGUCAGUAGAAAACCAAUCUUUGAAUAAGUUAAGGCAAUCGAAUAAUCAUUUAUUUACACCAAAUGGAUCAGCGUUGAACGUAAACUGUUAUGGUUUAAUAAGUUCUACGACAAUCCCGGUAGUACUAAGCUAUUUAUAAACAAAAGCAGCGAGCGACGAAAGCUAGCCAAGAAACAUUCCAAAGCAGUAGAGGAUGUAUAUUUACAAUAAAAAAGUUGUAAUAAAAGUAGGUACACUCUCGUCUGUAUUGUUACUCCAAUCCGACUAGUUUGUUGCCAAUAUCAUUAAGA